AUGGUCUUCCAGGCAUCCUCACCGGGGCUCACAGUCCUUCUAGCUCUCUUUUCUUUACUGUCACUUCUGCUCCCCGCGCAUGCCCUGUACUUCUACGUGGACGGGCGUCAAACGAAGUGCUUCUACGAGGAUCUGCCAAAGGACACCUUGGUAGCUGGCACUUACUCCACCUAUGUCAUCAAUCCCAACACCAACACCUACAACAUCGACCACGCCCUCAAGGUCCAGAUCACAGUCGACGAGACCUUCGACAAUGACCACCGUGUUGUGAACAAGCGUGACAGCCAUUCUGGUCGCUUUACCUUCACUGCUGCCGAAGCCGGCGAACACCGUAUCUGCUUUAUGGCCGACACCGACGUCUCGACCGCCGGCUGGCUAUCCAACGGCCAGGGCGGCGUCAAGGUAUCUCUCGACCUGGCUAUUGGCGAGACCAGCAAGAUCGAGACCGAGGACAAGGACAAGAUGAAGGAUAUCGUCCAGCGUGUUCGGGAUCUGAACAGUCGCCUGCACGAUAUUCGCCGCGAGCAGGUGUACCAGCGGGAACGUGAAGCUGAAUUCCGUGACCAGUCCGAGACUACCAACAGUCGUGUCGUACGGUGGACCCUCAUCCAGCUGGCUGUCCUCUCGGCUGCAUGCGCCUGGCAGCUGUCGCACCUGCGGUCAUUCUUCAUCAAGCAGAAGCUGACCUAG